AUGGCUGACAAGCGCGCCGCAAAGCGCAAGCGAUGUGACACUGACAUAUCUUGCAUCUACUCGGGCAAGACUAUUACCAUCCGUGUCGGUGCGGAGAACGAUGAUGUUGAGGUCGAAGAGCUCUCAUGCCACAAGCCACUACUCGAGGAAGGCUCCCCUUUCUUCCGCGCGGCACUCGACAAACAGUGGCGCGAGGGCCAGAACGUCGAGAUCGGUCUACCAGAAGAUGAACCAGACAUGGUCGCAGCAUACAUCAGCUGGCUCUACGAUGGCGAGAUCGACCCACCAAGCUCCUUUGACGCAGAAGAAGACAUUACAUACCCGUACCUCGCGAAGCUCUACGUCUUUGGCGAGAAGGUGUAG